UUUGGAAUUGAAAGUACAAACUUCUGGAGCUGUUUUAACUACUUACACUACUUACCCACUUGCUUGGGUUUAUGCUAUCUGUUUGUUUGUUUGUGCCUGAGUGUGAGCUUGCACAUUUCUCUCAAUACUGUACAGGUUUUGCAUAGCAGCUCAUUGUUAAAUGAUGGCACAGUAAGCCAGCGAGGUUUAUGUUUAUGGGUAAGAUCAGAUGAGAAGAGUUUUGCAUGGCCUAUUUUUUCCUCAAGUGGCUUUUCGUCAAGCAGAGUGCGGGGCUGUUUUAAGGAAGAUUAGCCUCAGCUUUAAUAAAGUGUCUGUGUGCGUGCCUUUGUUUGUUUCUUAUGGUAGUUUAUCUUUCAUAGUAUCUGCUUUGUUUUUCAUAAGUAUUCUGUUAAUGUUUGCGAGAAAGAAGUUAGUUCCACUACAUCUUUUCCUUCUGUUUGUCAAAGAUUACGUCAUUACCUUGCCUCGUAUUCCUGUAGGUUCAGGCCUAGACAACGUAUUGUGUUCUUGGAUUUCUGAUUUAGCCUAGUUGAAAACAAAUUUAUAUGACAGCAAUUUAUGGAAAACUGAAGUCCAGCAGAUCUUUUGUGUAGCUGAAAUUUUUGUGGCUUUAAUUGACAAAUCCUAUAUUGUCUUUAAAGGGCAUUUUCUGCUAAAGGAUCGUUGAAUGCCAUGAGUGGCCUACCAACUCCUUCAAAAUCAAAGUCGAAAGUCGUGCCGAGGGGGCAUUCCUCCGCCUCCAAAGACGAUGCUGUUAAUGGCAGAUCAUCUGGUAUGUCAACUCCUGGUGCAAUGUCAAGAGAAAACUCCUUUACAAAAUCACAACUGCCUGUUAUGAAAAGGGAGUCUUCCAUUCCGAACAUGAAACGAGAAACGUCGAUACCAAAAAUCACUCGUGAAUCGUCAACCCCCCAGAUGAAACGGGAAUCUUCAAUUCCGCAAAUUAAAAGGGAAAGUAUAAAAACGCCGUCAAAACAAACUCCUACUCCUGGAGCAGUAAAAAGAGAAGGUUCUUUGUCGCAGAUUAAGAAACCAACAUCCUCAGUUGUAAAGCCAAGGGGCGUAUCAACUGACUCAGAAAAUUUGAAAAUUGGAGACCGAGUAAACAUCACAGGAACAGAAAAGAAAGGGGUCAUUCAAUUUGUUGGAGAAACAAGGUUUGCUAAAGGUGAUUGGGCAGGGGUUGUUCUUGAUACCCCAGUUGGGAAAAAUGAUGGAACAGUUGCUGGUAUUCGCUACUUUCAGUGCCAGCCAAAUUAUGGGGUAUUUGUCAAACUCGAAAAGCUACAGAAGAUUGCUGAUGUCAGAGAUCCAAACUAUAGGCCUCGUGGCAGCAUUUCGGCCACUCCUGCAAUAGAGCGAACCAAAGCAGUAGAAAGGACAACUACCCCCGUCAGAACACCAGAUAGCACAGAAAUCCCAAAAGACUUGAACGUGGGAGACAUUGUGUCAAUAGGGGAUACUCGGACGGGUGUCCUCCGAUACCUAGGCGAAACAGGUUUUGCGAAAGGGAUUUGGUGUGGGGUUGAAUUAAAGGAACCGGUUGGCAAAAAUGAUGGCGCUGUUGCAGGGACAAGGUAUUUCCAAUGUGAUCCAAAGUACGGUUUGUUUGCCCCAGCACACAAGGUUAGAAAGAUUUCAGAUGGGCCUACUGUCUCUACUCCAGUUGUCGCUGAAGCCGCAACUGGGGCUGCAAGCGCAGCCGCGUCGCCGCCUGAAGUUACCACAACGCCGACAGCAGUGGUGGACGUUGUCAGCCCAAAAGUAGAAAGUGUUACUACCGCCCAGUCAGAAACACCAAAGACUUCACAUUCGGAUGCUCGCGACCCUGCAAUUACGUCACAGAUAGCUUCUUUACAGCUUCAGUUACAAGAUCGUGAAAAUGAAAUUAAGGGCCUACUCAAAGAGCGAGAAAUCGACCGCCAGGAAGUUACCAACAUUAUGGGACAAUUUCAGCAAAGUGAAAACAAACUGACGUCUCUUAGAAUAUCUUACGACAAGCUUCAAAGAGACAACGAUGAAGAAACAAAGAGGCUACAAAGUACUCUUUCGACAAUGGAGAAAUCCAAGAUUUCAGUUGAAACUGAACUGGAAGAAGAAAAAAGGAAGCUAGAAGACUUGCAGUUUCAGCUUGAGGAACACAUCGUGACUAAGGAAUUGUCAUCUGAAGCAGAAAAGGAAGAAUUGAAAUUAAUGCAAGAAAGAAUUACAGCUAAGGAAGAAAGUAUGAAUUUGAUAAAGGAAGAGCUCGAGGCAGCAAAGCAAGCAGAAGAAGAAUGGAAAACCAAGUACAGUGACUUGGAAUUCAUGCUUGCUGAAACAAACGAAAAAGAGAUCCAGUCAACGCAAAGUUUGACUGUGCUGCAAGGGAAACUGAGGGAUUUGGAACUGUUAUUGAACCAGGCGAAGGAGGAAUCUGAUGACCAAACAUUGAACCUUAGGGAGGAGCUUUCAAAGAAAGAUGAAGAAAUGAACAAUUUUCGGGACGAUUUACAAGGGAAAACGACUAGGAUUGGUGAUCUGGAGUUUCAAAUUAAAAAAUAUAAGGAAGAAUUAAAUGAAACAAUUGAAUCGAAAGGGGCAUUAAACAAAACAAUCUUUGACUUAAAUGCUAAAAUCCAGUCAAAGGAUAGUGAGAUAGCCUCGGUUCAGUCAAGCCUCGAAACAGUGAAAACUGAAACCCAAGAGACGAGAUCAAAGUUGAAGAUCGCAGAAUCAAAGGUUGAGAACUUAGCUACCGAAAAUGAGAAACUCGAGGCCCAAGUAUCACAACUAGCUAAAAGCUCAGGUGACACGUCAUCUCAAGUCAAUUAUUUGAACGAAGAACUUCAUGAACUGAAAAAGAAAUGUGCUACUUUGACUGACGAAAAAUCUGCAUUGAAUGUUCAGGUUGAAAGUUUACGUGAGAAUGGUCAACAACAGAAGGAGCUUUCCGAUAAAGAAAUCGAAAAAAUCAGGAAAGAAAAAGAAGAGGAAGUGACGAAGUUGCAGCAAGCUGCUUCAGGCCUGGAAGAUACCAUUGUGAAGUUAAAGGAAACCAAUACAAGUCUAGAGCAGCAGAUACACGAUCAAUCUACGAAGCAAAAGACAUCAGACGACAAGAUCGUGGAGGUAUCAAAUGAGUUGGCUAAAAUAAAAGAAUUAUUGAAAUCGAAGGAAGACGAAUUGAGUGUGGCUUUAAACAAAGUUAAAGAAAGCCAGACAUCUGUUAAUAAUCUCCAGGCCUCUGUCCAAGAGUUUCAAGGGAAACUUGAUCAAAAAACAAGGGAAUUAGAAGCGCUGGAGAACUCAAAGGGAAAUGUUGAUCAGAGAUACGCAGAAAUUGUUGCUGCGAGAGAUCAGUUGAAAACAGAACUCGAAGCUGUAAGCAAAGAAAGAGAAACCCUUGCUAAAAAUAUCGAGCUCUCUUCAGCGGAAAAUAAGAAAAUUACAGAGGAAAGAGAGGCUCUUCAGAAAAGCUCAGAAAGCAAAGACGCGAUCAUCGGCAAUCUUGAAGCUGAGAAAAAACGAAUCGAAGAGCAAAAUGCUGCUUUGGAGAAAGAAAAAAACGAUUUGAAAAUCAAUGCAGAUGGUCUGCAAAGUCAGUUAGCGCAAGCGAAACAAGAUGCCCAGAAAUACAAAGACCAAGCACAGCGAAUGCAAGGAGAUUUGAGCCAAGGGUCCGAUGUGGUAGCAAAACUGCAAAGCGAGUUGUCGGCAACAAAAGACAAGCUCACAUCGUGUUCUGAAAAAAUUUCACAAUUGGAGACGGCAGAGUUUGAGUUUGAGAAUGAACGCAUAAUUCUUAAAGAGGAGAAAUCUAAUCUCGAAACAGAGAAGAAUGAGUUACUGCUAUCAAAAGGAAGCUUAGAGGCAACUGUUCAAAAAUUGAAAGCAGAGAAGGAAGAUUUGAUUCAACGGGAAAACCAAGCAAAGAAGGUUCUAGAGGACGAUAGGUUGCAGCUUCAAAACACAAUCGAGUCUUCCCUUUCACAACUACAAAUGAAAGAAGGGGAGCUGUCAAGCUUACGUGUCAAAAACCAAAAUCUUGAAAAGAAAGUGGCAGAACAGGAUGCUUCUAUAAAGUCGUUGCAAGAAAAAGUUGUCAAUGGGGAAAUUAAAUCUGCAGCGACUAAUGGAACCGUUGAACAAACGGUAGAAGAUUCUAUGAAAGAAGAAUUGGACAGCAAAGAUAGUGAGAUUCGAUUCUUGAAUUCCCUGGUUGUAGACCUUCAGAAUAAAUGCGCAGCAGCAGAAAAGAAAAUAAAAAUUCUGGAAGCCGGGGACGAUGGUUUUAUAGAAAACUACGAAUUAGACAACGAUGAAUCGCCUAUGAAACCGGGGGUCAAGCAAAGAUUAUUUUGCGACAUAUGUGAUGAAUUCGAUUUGCACGACACGGAGGAUUGUCCAACGCAGAGUAGCACGGAUGACAUUGGAACACAGUACCACGCUCAAAGGGGAGAGGAAAGGCCUUACUGCACCACUUGCGAAGUUUUCGGACACAAAACAGAAGAAUGCGAUGACGAAGAGACUUUUUAGAUUCAUAAGAGACCUUGUCUGAUUGAAUAUUUAGUGCAUGGGCAGCGUGCUCUCUGUAGCAUAUCUGCAGAUCGACUGUGUGGCAGGCAAGACUUCGAUUUCCUUGCGUUCAAGUGUACUUGCUAAUUCCAGUGCUGGUGAAGCUGAAAAACAUCGUCUAGUACUCAUUGCAUACAAGCAUUGCUUACACUUCUGGAAAAAACAUUUCUGCUACCAUCCUUAAACACAUUGCUGAUGAAAUUUAUGUAUCAAGUUUUAUUUAUCUUUGAUGGUAUUUAAUUCCAUGCUCCCAAUAUUAAUCGGUCCACUUUUUAUUACUCGUUAUGUAGGAUUCCCCAAUUGUUGUAUUGUAUUUGUCUUAGGUUUGUGUUCCUGUUUUUCUUUUUAUCUCAUGCAUCCGACGUAUAGUAAAUCAAAUAUAUACUGCAUAAUUCUAUGGAAUCUUGACGUAGGUUAUUCUACUUUUCGCAGAAAGGCCCAGCUCCUCUAUGCUAAAUAUUAACAUGUAAAGAUAUAACCUAAACAAUGCACGAAGAAAUUUUCUGCCUUAGUUAAAAA